AUGGGUGCUGCUCCGUCCCAGCCAGUUCCCCGCGCCUUUGAAGAUGAGAAACAGGCUAUGGCUCGACGGAUGGGAGCUCUGAGCCUCAGAGAUGCCAAGGACAAAUACGCUUAUGAGGAGGAUGAUCAACCUCCUCCCUAUUCUGUCAGAGAGAGAGCGACGACGAUCUCUCUGUCCCAGGCAAAACACUGGGAAGAAAAGCUGCUGCAAGACCCAAGGAAUCGCUUGGCGAUCUCGGCCCUUUCUGCGAAUCCUCUCGGAUCUAUCCUCAAGAACCAUGCCGCUACAGUCGCAGACACGCAGAUCUUCAAUAUCAAGAUCCCUCUUGAGGGAGCUCCGAUUACGAACCAGCGGUCCUCUGGACGCUGCUGGCUUUUUGCCGCCACCAAUGUCUUCCGCGUUGCCAUCAUGAAGAGGUACAACCUCAAGGAGUUCCAGCUCAGUCAGGCCUACCUGUUCUACUGGGACAAGAUUGAGAAGGCCAACUGGUUCCUCGAGCACGUGAUCGACACUGCGGACGAGGAUCUCGACAGUCGUUUGGUUCAAGCCCUGUUUGCGUCACCUGUGGGGGACGGCGGUCAGUUUGACAUGCUUGCUAAUCUCGUGAGGAAGUACGGGCUGGUGCCCCAGGCGCUGUACCCAGAUUCCUACAACGCCAAGAACAGUUCGACCUUGUCGAGGCUCCUCACUACGAAGCUCCGGGAGCACGCAUUGAUCUUACGGGACCUGGCGCGGAGCAAGACCGCCAAGGCGUCGUUGGCUGAGCGAAAGGAAGAGUUCCUGCAGGAGAUUCACCGAAUCCUGACCAUCCUGCUGGGUGCCCCUCCUAGUCCCGAGAAGGAGUUCACGUGGGAUUUCUAUGAUGCCAACGACAAGUAUCACAGAAUAUCACUGACUCCGACGGAGUUUGCAUCGAGCCUGUCUAGGAAGGAGGGCGUCCGGGCAUGCGGCGGGACAGAUGUCAACAAGCUGUUUAGCUUAGUCAACGACCCACGCAAUCCUUACGGGCGACUCCUGACUGUCGACAGACUGGGCAAUGUGAUCGGCGGGGAGCCGAUCAAGUACGUUAAUGUGGAUGUGGAUACUAUGAAGUCCGCGGCCAUCUCCAUGCUCCGUGCCGGAAUCCCCGUGUUCUUCGGCAGCGACGUAGGGAAGUUCUCCGACUCGAACCUGGGGAUCAUGGACACGAACCUGUACGACUACCACCUGGGGUUCAACAUCACCUUGGGAAUGAACAAGGCGCAGCGUCUGGAGACGGGCGAGUCAGCCAUGACCCACGCCAUGGUGCUGACGGCGGUACAUAUUGAAGGAGGGAAGCCAGUGCGCUGGCGGGUGGAGAAUUCCUGGGGCGAGAACGCCGGCGACAAGGGCUACUUCGUUAUGACAGACCAGUGGUUUGACGAGUUCGUGUACCAAGUGGUCGUGGACCCGCGGUUUGUGAGUAAGGAGAUCAGCGAUGUCCUCAACCAGAAGCCACUGGUGCUGCCUUUGUGGGAUCCGAUGGGGGCUUUGGCCUAG